AUGUCUGGGCUCCUUGGAUACUUCAGCUGGGACAGGACCAAGACUGCAGAUCCAAAGAUCAGAGAGCAGGCCGAAGAGAAGCGACAACCCGUGCGCGCGCUGCCUGCAUCAUGGUACACGUCCCCUGACAUGUACGAAUUCGAGCGCCGCGCUGUCUUCGCCAACCGCUGGCUCUUCAUGACGACCGAAUUGCGCCUCCCGAAUGCCGGUGACUACGUCCGCUACCAGUUUGCAGGAUACGAUGUGAUUAUCAUCCGCGACCAGGACAAUGAGAUUACGGCUUUCCACAACACAUCGAAGCAAUCCCACAAAACACUGAUUGAAAACGACACAACAGAGGCCUGCGGGAACAUCGAUCUCGCCAGCUUCCCAACCAGCCCUGAUGCUGUGUUCCCCAUCCACGUCCACAUGGACCGCAACGGCUUCAUCUGGAUCAACCUGGACGCCUCGUCCCCGCCGUCGAUCCCGUUUGACGAGUGCUUCAACGACGUGGACGUGCAAGCGCGCUACGCUUCGCUCGACUUCAGCGCCUACAAUCUCCACCACAUCUCCACGCUGCGCGCGACGUACAACUGGAAGGUCGCCGCCGACAACUUCAACGAGUGCUACCACUGCCCGACAACGCACGCCGACAUACCCGCCUUCCUGGACCUAGCCACCUUUGACUCGGCGCUGCGCGACAGCCACAUACAGCACUUUUGCGCGCCGACGCCGGACCAAAUCGCCCUCGGCGUGAACGUGCACAGCACGUACUUGUUCCCCGCGGCCUCGCUGACGGUCGGCGCGCACUUCCUCAUGGUGCAGAAGUUCCUGCCGACGUCAGCAGGCUCGUGCAUUGCGCACUACGAGAUCUUCCGCGGUCGGCACAGCAGCGACGAGGAUUUCCACCGCAUUGCGGAUAUGUACGCGCGCGUGAUGCAAGAGGACAAGGUGCUGUGCGACGCCGCGCAGCGCAAUCUGGCGCGCGGGGUGUUCGGCGCGGGACUGCUGCAUCCCGUGUUCGAGAAGGCGCCGGUGUUCUUCCAGCGGCACUGCCGCGCGGUGGUGCGGGCGCACUGGGACAGGGAGGAGAGGGAGGGGCGGGCGGUGCAUCCUGCGAUGCGGGAUGGCCUUUGCUUUGGACCGGUGCAUGGGGCUGGGGUUGAGGCGGGUGGAGGAUCGCUGUGGAGACGGCGGGAGGAGGAGAAUCUAUGA